AUGGAUUAUAAAAUUAAUGAUAAAAGUAAAUGUAUGCUAUAAUUCUUUAGAAAAACUUAAAAUUGAUUUCAAAAAAUAAUAAAAUGAAUAAGAAUAGAUUAGAAAUUUUGAAUUAGAGGAAAGAUAUUACAAUUAACAAUCUGAGAUUGUAGAAUUAAGAAAAAAUAAAUCAAUUUAGAAUAAAUAAGUAGAUAUAAUAAAAAAUAACUAAAAUUCUAAAUUACAAGAUAGAGAUUCUUAAAGUUAUUUUCAUCAAGGUAUACAAAUAUUAUUAAUUAGGUUUGUAAUUAACAAGAUAAAAAAAUUAUUUGGGAGCUAUUGAAAUGUAUGAAAAAGUCAUCAUUAUGAAUCCUACUUAUUAUCCUGCUUUAAAUAAUAAAGGUUAAUAUUUUCUAUUAAAUUAAGGUUUAUUGUUAUCAAGAUUAAACUAAUUUGAGGAAGCUCUAGAAUUAUUAAAAUAAACUAUUUUGUUAUAACCAAAUAAUGAUCAAGCUUAUAAUAACUUAGGUAUAUAUAUGAAUAAAGAAACAUAGGGAUUGUUUUAAAUAAACAAAAAAAGUAUGAUGAAGCAAUAAAUUGUUUUAAUUAAGCUCUUAAGAUUAAUCCUAAAAAUUGGAAAUCAUUUCUUAAUAAAGGAAAAUUUUUAUUGUAAUUAUUAGGUUGUGCUUUAUAUGAUUUGAAAUAAUAUGAUUAAUCAUUAGAAUGUUAUACCUAAGCUAUUGAACUAAAUCCAAAAGCUGAUUAAGCUUUGAAUAACAAAGGUUUAUAUUAAAUAAUUAAUAAAAAGGUUCCUUAUUAAGAAAGUUAGACAGAAACACAGAGGCAUUAGAAUUCUUAAAUAAGGCAAUUGAAAUUAACCCAAAAAAUGAUAUUGCAUUAAUAAACAAAGGUUUUUUAAGUAUCAAUUUAAGGUUUAACUUUAAUAAAAUUAAAUUAAUUUGAUUAAGCUAUUCUAUUUUUUGAUUAUGCUUUAUAAUUAAAUCCAAAAAAUGAGAAAGCUACACUUAACAAAGGUAAAUUAUUAUAAUUCCAUUAGGAUUGGCUUUAUUUAAAGAAUUUCAUUAUGAAUAAGCAAAAUAAUAAUUUGAAAAAGCAUUAGAACUUAAUCCAAAUUAUGAUAAAGCAUAUUUAAAUAAAGGUGAUAAUUUAUUUAUUUUAGGUGUUUUGCUAAAUAAAUUAUUAUAUUUUAAAGAAGCUGAAGAAUGCUUUAAUAAAGCCAUUUCAAUAAAUCCUAAAUAUGCUGAGGCUUACUUUAACAAAGGUUAUCAUAAUAAUUUUUAAUAUUAGGUAUUACAUUAUAAUCUUAAAAAUUGCACUAAUAAGCAAUAACUUAUUUUGAUCUAGCAUUAAAUCUAACACAAAAUCAUUAGUUCUACAGACAAAAAGGUUCAUAUAAUUAUUAUUCAUAGCUAUUUCUUUACUUAUAUUGA